UACCGUUGGUAGGAUGAAGUCACAUGGUCCAUUUCCUCUCUUUCUGGCAACAAGUUCAUGUGAAGUUUCUCCAACAGUCACAGUAUCUGUAUCCCAUCUGUAACUGACGCCCGAGAGCCGUUGCUGUUUGCCGCCGUCAUAGAGGUGAACCCUCAGGUAAUUUGAGGCCGUUCCGAUCCAGUCAUGACGGGAAACUCCAGCAGCACCAAGUUAGACAACGCCACCCUGUCCCUGUUUCAGAGUGGGAACACCAGCAUCAUCAUUUCUGUUUUGUAUAUGGUCGUCACUGCUGUGAACCUGGUGGGAAAUGGUCUGUCCAUGUGGCUCCUCCUCUUCCGUACCUGGCCCAAGACUCCCUCCAUCAUCUUCAUGAUCAAUCUCACCCUCACUGACUUGGCCCUCGGCGCUGCGCUGCCGUUUCAGAUCACCUACCUGCUCCAAGGAUACAACUGGAAUAUGGGGACCAAUAUGUGCAGUGUCCUGACCAUCGUCUUCUACACCAAUAUGUACUGUUCUAUCCUGACCAUGAUGGCCAUCAGCAUCGACCGCUACCUGGGCAUUGUUAGGCCCAUGCUGUUCAGACAGACCAGGGAGAGGAAGUCAAUUGCUGUCAUUGGUUGCUUCCUCAUGUGGGCUUUGGUCCUGAGUUUUCUGUGGCCAAUGAUGACCACUGACCUGACUUACGAAAUUCCUGAACUGGGGAUCACCACGUGCUUCGACGUGCUGAAGAAAGACAUGCUCCCGUCCUCGUUGGCCUGGGCGGCCUUCAUCUUCAGCAUCUUCAGCCUCUUCCUUUUCCCUUUCUGUAUCACAACUUUCUGCUACAUCAGUGUCAUCCUCAAACUGGCCAAGGAUUCCAAGACGGCCCAGAAAAAGAGAGCGAUACGCCUGACCACCAUGGUUCUCCUGGUCUUCACCCUCUGCUUCGCACCCAACAACUUCCUCCUGUUGAGUCACGCUGUGAUGAGAAUCUUCUACAACAAGUCCCUGUACAUGGCUUACAAACUGUCUCUCUGUUUCAGCUGCCUGAAUAGCUGCCUCGAUCCGUUCAUCUACUACUUUGCCUCCAAGGAAUUCAGAAGAAAGCUGAGGGAGAUAAUAAACCUGCACAGUCUGAGCAGUGUGGACUCGAUGAAGCUGGAGCAUAUGCGGAGUUUGUUCUCAGCAGAGAGUGCUCCAGAAGGUCAAGAGAGAAAAGAAUAGAGAAGGUGAUUUGAUGCUGCGGCACACAACGUCAGAGAGCCAGAGGAUGUAAGGCAAUGGAUAAGAGUGAGAGCUGUAAGGAAGGAAGUGAAAGGCAACGUGUGUGUUAAGGGUUGCCCGGAGUAUGACAAUCUCUUACAACAUAUUGUCAUGUGUGGAAUUUCAAAAUUACCUCCUCCAGUUGUUGUUUUUUUAGCACCAUAGAAAAAAUGGAGAUUGACUGCAGCUGUGGGUCUUGCCAAAAUUCUAGGUUUAAACUAUAGGUUUAACUGUUUGUUUGUAUAUCUAUGUUAAUACAUUGUAUUAUCUGCCACAGCAAGCACCAUAAUAAGUCAUUCUGACAAACUAUGUAGCAUCCAUAUGUGUCAAUUCAAUGUGAAUAAAUUGUUAAAUUUCCGUUUCACUGUGCCUAAACAUAGCCGAGGUUUUAAAAUGUACAUUUUGAACAUUACCUCUGUACAUGUCUGUGGUUUGUGAUUAUCUACGAUUUACUGUAGACUAUAUGGCCCAUUCAUAAAGGCUGUAGUCUAUACACUCCAUCCAUCUCCAUCAGACAUUUUCUUACGUAUAAAUACUUUAAACAUUGACAUUCUUCUAAUCAAUGUUAUAAAUACUGUAAUGUUGAUGUUCUCUGAUACAUGCAGCAUCUUUUGCACUUCUGUCCGUUUUUGGUAGUUUUUCCUUGCUCCUGUUCAGGGUUACGAACAGAGGGUGUUGUACCUUGUUAAGCUCUAUAUGACAGAAAUUGUCAUUUGUGAAUAUGGGCUAUUCAAAUAAAAUAUUAGUGAUUGGUU